UGUACUAUAUACUUCAUUUAUAAUACAACAAAAGUGAUUCUAUUUUCAUAAGUUAAUUUUAUACCUGCAUUAAUUGCAUUGAUGGAAAAAACUUGCAAUGCAUGCGUGUGUUAAAUGAAAAAUAUUAAGCACUUAGUUGUAAUGUUCCUGUGUAAGAGACAUUGCAUUAAACAUCACUGAGAUUUUUCAUAGAUCUGAAUCUAAAUCAGUUAGCCUUUAUGGAUUUUUGUUACUAUUUUGAUUCCUUAUGUCUCUUCAACUCAUAAUAUAUAUUGAACUAAUCUGAAAUCUCAAUGGAAAUAAGAUAGAUCCAAAUUCAAAAGAGCUUUUCUUGUCUUCUGUGUUAAAAUUUAAUGGCAAACACUUUUUUUAAUCCAACUUCACAUCACCAACCUCGGUCGAAAAGCUUGCCAUCUAAACCACACCCUCUCAUUCUUCAAUGCAAUCAACACUUGGCAAGUUUAGAGCCUUUAGAUGUAAUCAACUCUUCAUCAUUGUUUGGUGGAAAAUUAGCCGAUCUUCAAACCUUGCAUGAUUGUGUUGAAAAAUUGGUAUUGUUACCUCUUACUCAACAAGUCCUUGUUCAAGCGCGUCAAGAGAAAUGGAUCGAUGAUCUUUUAGAUGGAUCGCUAAGGCUGCUAGAUGUGUGUUCUGUUGCAAAGGAUGCUUUAAUUCAUACUAAGGAAUGCGCGCGCGAACUUCAAUCAAUUAUGAGAAGAAAAAGAGGAGGUGAAAUGGAAAUAACUGCUGAGGUAAGGAAAUUUUUGGCUUCUAGGAAGGUAGUAAAGAAAGCAAUUUCCAAAGCAUUGGAGAAUUUGAAGACAAAUGUGAAGAAAGGUAAAGGAAAAUUAUCACCUAGUAGCAAUAAGGAACAUGAAACAGUGACUUUGGUUAGUUUGUUAAGAGAUGUUGAAGUGGUAACUCUUUCCAUGAUGGAGUCAUUGCUGAUCUUUAUCUCUGGACCGGCACAAUCAAAACCGAGUAACUACUGGUCUUUGGUUUCAAAGCUUAUGAUGCAGAACAAAAAGGUUUCUUGCACACAAGAAGGUGAUAACAACGAGUUUUCCAAUGUUGAUGCUGCAUUGCAAUCUUUUGUGUUUCAUGUGACAAGAAAAUCGGACAAUGUCAAUCAUUUGCAGAACCAGUUGGAAAAUUUGGAGUCUGUUGUUCAUGACUUUGUGGAAGCACUUGAAGCUCUUUUUAAAAGAUUUAUUAAGAUUAGAGUUUCCCUUCUCAAUAUCCUUAAUCACUAGUUGUACAAAUUUGCAUGAAUGCUUUUGUAAUUAUGUCAUCAUGCUAAUGAGUUUGGCUUCUAGUGUUUUAGCUUUAUGAGAUAAUCAUUGUCCAUAUUUUCUCUUAUUGUUUAUUUCUUCUGUUAUUCUGUUUCCUUGCAACUAUGACUUGGAAUACUUUUUGCACUUUUAUGCAUAUUCCAUUUCAUAUUGAAAACCUUUUUUUGGCUGUAAAAUUUAUCUUUCCAAUUUAUGUGUUGAAAACAUACCACUGUAUGUACUAAUA